UGAAAGAACCGAAUUAUAAAUAUGUAAAUAAAUAAAUAAAUAAAUAAAUAAAUAAAUAACAGAAAUAAAGGGAAAAGCUUUGUUAAAGCUGAACAGGUAUAGUAAUACACGUAACAUGAUAACAUCAAUCUUUCGAACCAAUUCCAUUCUCACCCUCUCUUCUUUUUUUAGUACAACUCAAGAAAUAUAUAUACUCAAAGUCGAUUCUUGAAAACAGCUCUACUUCAAUUCUCUCUUUUUAGCUUUCCUUUGCACAACAAAUCAAAGCCCAGUGUCUUACUUAUAUCAAUCUGAUCAGAAUUUAGAUAUAUAAGCUAACUAGCUUCAAUUGUUUGGUCAGUCUUCCAAGCAUGAACCAAAUCCAAAGGCUAUCAUGACUUGCACUGAAAUGGCUUUCUUCCCCACAAAUUUCAUGCUCCAAACCUCUCAUGAAGAUCAUGACCAUCAACCCUCCACAUCUCUCAAUCCCCUCCUUCCCUCUUGCACUCCUCAAGACUUCCCAGGAGUGGCUUCAUUUCUAGGGAAGAGAUCUAUGGCAUUUUCUGGGGUGGAAACAACACAAAACUGUGAAGAAGCACAUGGAGUAGAUGAUGAUCUGUCAGAUGAUGGGUCCCAAGCAGGAGAGAAGAAGAGGAGGUUGAACAUGGAACAAGUGAAGACUCUGGAGAAGAACUUUGAGUUGGGAAACAAGCUUGAGCCUGAGAGGAAAAUGCAGCUGGCUAGGGCACUUGGGCUGCAGCCAAGGCAGAUUGCCAUUUGGUUUCAAAAUAGGAGGGCUAGAUGGAAGACCAAGCAGUUGGAGAAAGACUAUGAGGUCCUUAAGAGACAAUUUGAUGCUGUCAAAGCUGAAAAUGAUGCCCUCCAAGCCCAAAACCAGAAGCUUCAUGCUGAGAUAAUGGCACUAAAAAACAGGGAUCAACAGCCCACAGAAUCCAUAAACCUCAACAAAGAAACAGAAGGAUCUUGCAGCAAUAGAAGUGAGAACAGCUCAGAGAUAAAGCUGGACAUCUCAAGAACAAAAACACCAGCCAUUGACAGCCAUCCAAGUGGCAGGUCUCUUUUCCCUCCCAAUAGUAUGAGGCCAGCUGGAAUGGCCUCCCAUCACCUCUUUCAGAACUCACCAUCUUCAAGGCCAUCAGAUAAUAAUCUUCAUCAUCAGCAUCAUCAGUGCCUCAAGAUGGAACAAUCUGUGGUCAAAGAAGAAAGCUUGUCCAGCAUGUUCUGUGGCAUUGAUGAUCAGUCUGGAUUCUGGCCAUGGUUGGAGCAACAACAUUUCAAUUAAAGAGCUGAGUGAUGUUUUUUUUUACUUCUAAAAUUUGUGGGAUUUGAGUGCAAUAAUUUCAAAUUAUAUAUAAUCACUUUACAUAUGGGGAUGGGCUGGUUGAAAAUAUAUGGAGAUGGAGUUGUGCUAAAACUUGUUCAAUUUGCUCUCUUGAGGUCUAUAUAGGUUAAGUUGGUGUAUAAAGUAACAGCUAAGAAGCAUUGCUUUAAUUUUAAGUUGAGCCCCCCAUCCCCUGGCCCCCUACUUUUUCUCUUCAGAUCUUUAAGAAGAAGAAAAAAAAUGAAAAGACAGACCUGUCAUUUGCAAUACAUGUCAUGUUUCAUAUCUACCAAUGUGUAUGUUUAUUUGUGUCCAAACUAUUUUUGGUGUUUUGAUUGAGCAACUUUAUGCAUGUACUAUAAGACUUUGGGAUCAAUUAUCAUUAAGGGUUAUUUGUUGUAGUGCCUUCUCAUUCAACAAAAGUGUUAGCUUUUGACAUACACUACUCCCCCACUUCCCACUAAGCUAUGUUUGGGACUAAGUUUUGGUUUAGGGAAAAAUCCAAUUAUGUAUUUUAUACUAAACUAUUAAGGUAUGAGCUUUUAUUUUAGCCACAUUGUAUAGAGAAAUUAAAGUUGCUUAUUAGUUUUAUAAGUUCUCUGAUAAAUGCACUUAUUAAAUUGUGUCAUUUUGCUUUCAUCACUUAGAGAUAAUGUACGUUCUAUGACUAAUUAAUAACUUUCCACACUGCUAAGAACUUUUGUGUUUGCAAGUAUAAUUUACAAAUCCAAACAAAAAAUUUGAUCUCAACAUUAUUUCAGCAGAAACCCUUUACUGUGUGUAAGUUUAUACUCUUAACUACACGACUUUACUAUAAGCGAGUAAAAUUACAGAAAAAUUGACGCAUAAUUUGUAUGAUAUAUAUAAAUAUUUAAUUAGGAGCUGGACAAAUAAGCAUGAGAAAAAAUGCGAUAAACAUAAUGGAAAAAUGAGUGUAAUUUCAUAAAUUGAUGAGCUGCUGAAUUUAUACUCUUGUGAUUGAACAUGAUCUUGCGUGUAAGGAGUAAUAUAAUUAAUUUAUUCAGGAGAUGAAAAGAUGUGUCUUUUAGUUUGCAUGGCAAGCCCAUGAUUUUCAAAGCUAGGAAGCUACCUUGGGACGUCAAAUAUUAUAUUUAUUUAAUUUGUCUACUAAUACAAAUUAUGGAGUAAUAUUACGAGUACAAUUUACUCUAUUUUUUACUCCGUUUUUCUUUUAUAAGUUGAUAAAGAAAUUAAAAGUAAUUUCUUGCUUUGGGAUCGUGCUUUUGUCCAUGAUUGCACUAAAAGAAUUGAAGUAUUGUCCUUUUUCAGAUUUCUUUUGGUGCUGAAAUUCAUGGCUCUCUGCGUAACUUUUAGCAGCUACGUCUAGGACGCAGCGUGGUGGGGUUGACGAAUUUUAGCAUUAUUUAUUUAUAUUAUCAUCUUUACUUUAGUUUUCUUUUGUAAUUUUGUCUUCAAAAAACAUGGGAACAUGCACAUUUUUAUUGUUUGGAUCGUACAUAUCAUAAAACCUAUUGAGUAGUAUAAUAAUGCGCUGGAAAUGUGCCUAAACCCAUCGAGAUCAGACGUUUA